AGUGUUGAGUUUUGUUAUUGUCACCUAUAUGGUGAUGCCCUGUUGGGCAGGCGAUCCCCCUCUCAGUAAAUGUGAUAAAAGUCCUUUGGCCGAAUUGACGUUUCAGCUGAGUGGCAGUAGUUUAAUGUGGCCAUGUGAAUCGACUAAAAAUAUUUAUGUGCAAUCGGGUCGUUAUGUACCGCGUAAUGUGAUUGUAACGCGUGCUCAAUUGCUGCGCGAUUCGGCGUUUGUGGCCUUGCCGCGCUACAAGCAGGGUGUACCGUUUACGCUGGGUAAAGUGAAUUUGAAAAAAGGUCAGUGUCUGACAAAAAUAGCGCCCUAUCCGUGUUGGGCCAUACAAGAGGAGGGCAAUUGUCAGGCUUUACAGUCGGUUGUGGAUUUUGUGGUGGAUCAUAAUGGUCUUCUGUGGGCUUUAGAUGUGGGCAUUGUGAAUACAUUGGAACAGCCGAUACGUCGCUGCAGUCCCAAAAUUGUGGCGAUAAAUACGGCAGAUGGUAAAGUGGUGAAAAGUAUUGAUGUAAGUGAUUUGGUUACCGCGGAAUCGCGUUUGCAAUUUUUGAUUGUGGAUUAUGGAGCGGAUAAUAAGCCGUUUGUUUAUGCUGCUGAUGCUGGGGCACGUAGUAUUUUGGUCUACGAUAUAGCUGGCGCAAAAUCGUAUCGUAUAGUGCUGCCAAAGGCAACAUGUCCCAUAAACGAUGUCCUCUAUAUUGCUCUGGCUGCGCAACCAGAUGGCACUUCAACUUUAUUCUUUACCUAUCUCAGUUCCCCACGUCUUUAUUCGAUUAAGGGAGAAUAUUUGAGGGUGGGUCAGGGUGCUGGUUCUAUUGUGGAUGUGGGCGCAAAACCGUAUGGCAAACAAAUGGUUAUGCUGGGUGCCGAUGGUGGUAACUCAUUGUUUUUCCGCUAUAAAGGUGAAAACGACAUAUACAUGUGGGAUUCGGAGACAUGCUUUAAAUCGGCAAAUCUUCAGGAAGUGCAACGUGGUGGUGAUUGUCGUCUAUCAACACAGGUUUUACCUGGCCAUAAACGUUUUAUGUGGGCUUUGGAAAGUAAUUUUCAUGAUUUUAUAUCCGAACGUACUGGCUGCAAUGGUGCUUCAAUUAUUCUACAUCCGGUUGUACGUGAAUGUGAUGACUAAAUCCACAUAUUAAGUUGCAAUACAAAACUUUGUCUUCAUUCCUCAUUC